GUACGGCCGCGUGGAGAGCGUCAAGAUCCUGCCCAGGCGCGGCUCUGAGGGCGGCGGCGUGGCGGCGUUCGUCGACUUUGUGGACAUCAAGAGCGCGCAGAAGGCCCAUGAUGCGUCGCACCAGAUGGGCGAGCGCGAGCUCCGCACCGACUACAACGAGCCUGGCGCCACCGCCGUCGCCUGCACCGCAGCCGCCGCCGGCAUCGGCGUCGGCAUCGGCGGCGUCGGAGGAGGGGUGGGCGGCCUUGUCGGGGCGGCGGGGGGAGGGGCGACGACGUCGUCGUCGUCGUCGUCUUCGGCGUCGUCGGCGCAGCCGGGCGGCAACGCCGGCGCCGGCGCCGCCGCCUCCUCCUCUGGCCUCCUCCUCCUGCUCUCCUCGCCCUCGGCGGCCGCGAUGGCGGCGGCGGCACGCGGGAGUCGCGCGGCAGGAGGGCGCGGAGGGUCGUCCGGCAUCGGCGGGGCGAUGGCGACGGGGGGAGGAGGAGGAGGAGGAGGGGGAGCCGCGUCGAUGAGCGGAGACGGAGGUGCCGGGGCGAAUGUUUCGGGUUACCCGGCGCCGGGUUUGCACCACACGCGGGGAGACGGGAGAUACGACAGGAGGCUUGAAGGGCACCUGGAUCGCAGCGGCGCCUACGACCCGUACCACGGCGCCGGCGGCGGCGCCGGCGGCACCAGCAGCAGCAGCCGGGGCGGCGGCGGCGCCGGCGGCGCCGGCUACGAGCUGGACUACUACCGGGAGAGCUCACGCCCAGGAAACUACUACGGUGCCGGCUCCCGCACCGGCGGGGGGGGGCAGCGCUACGACGGGGGGCCAUCCGGCGGGGGAGCGCCGUUGCCCCCGGCGAUGGGCGGCGGGGGGGGGCCGGCGCUGCCCCCCCCGCUGGCGCCGCCGCGCUACCGGGACGGUUACCGUGACGAUGGCGGCGUCGGCGGCGGCGCGGCCGCGUCGUCAUCGUCGUCUUCCGGUGGUGGCGGUGGCGGUGGUGGCGGCUCGAAGGAGAAGCUGGCGCUGGCGCGGAGCCGGCGCCGGAGGGAGCGAGGCUACCAGCACGGGCGCAGCCGCUCGCCGGCGCAGCAGCAGCAGCAGCACCAGCAGCAGCAGCAGCAGCAGCAGAGGCAUCACCGGCAUCACCACAGCAGGCACCGCCACCAGCACCACAAUCAUCACCACCACCACCCGCCGCGCCAGCAGCAACAGCAGCAGCAGCAACAGCAGCAGCAGAGGCACCGUCACCACCACCAGCAGCAGCAGCAGCGCCAGCAGCAGCCGCAGCAGCGGGUGGCACGGCUGUCACGCUCGCGCCACUCCACCACUCGCUCGUGUUCCUCAUCCAGCGACAGCAACUCCAGCUCCACGUCCAGCUCGUCGGACAGUGACAGCAGCAGCUCGUCCAGCGACGUGUCGCCCGCCCGCUCCGUUCCCUCGGCCGCCGUCGCCGCUCCUCCACCGCUCCCGGCGCUACCGCCGGCACUACCGCCGGUGUUGCCGGCGGCAACGACGGGUCCGCUGGGUUUGGGCGCCGGCGACGCGGCGGACGAACCACGGAAGAGCUUCGGGAUCCGCGUGCACAACCUGCCGGUUCGCUCCACCGACUCGAGCUUGAAGGACGGCCUCUUCCACGAGUUCAAGAAACACGGCAAGGUCACCUCGGUGCAGAUCCACGGUGCCGGUGAGGAGCGCUCCGGCCUGGUGUUCUUCCGGCAGCCUGAAGACCGCGAGAAGGCACUCUGCGCCUCCAAGGGGAAGCUAUUCUUCGGCAUGCAGAUCGACGUCACAGCCUGGGACGGGCCCGAGACGGAGAGCGAGAACGAGCUGCGUCCGCUGGACGACCGCAUCGACGAGUUCCACCCCAAGGCGACGCGCACGCUGUUCAUCGGCAACCUGGAGAAGAGCACCACCUACGACGACCUGUACUCCAUCUUCCAGAGAUUCGGGGAGAUCGUGGACAUAGACAUCAAGAAGGUGAACGGUAUCCCCCAGUACGCCUUCCUGCAGUUCUGCGACAUCACGAGUGUGUGCAAGGCCAUCAAGAAGAUGGACGGCGAAUACCUGAGCAACAAUCGACUCAAGCUGGGCUUCGGCAAGAGCAUGCCAACGACAUGCGUGUGGCUGGACGGACUCAACGCCAGCGUCACGGAGCAGUACCUCACGCGCCAGUUCUCACGCUUCGGACCGAUACUCAAG